AUGGGUUUGGGAAGUGGAGCAGAGAAUGAGGAUGUGAAGCUGCAGGACAGGAGCAAGGAGCUGCAGCAGCUCAGAGACCUGCAGGAGAGGACAGGGAAGCUGCCUGGCUCCAAACCAGACCUGCCUGCCAGGGUGGGCUUCAGUGAGGAGGAAAAACUGAAGAUGACCAAAGACCUCCUUGAUGUCCAGAUUGAGUCAAACAAGAUGAAGGAGCAGUAUGAGAUGGAGAACUUUGAACUGAAAAAUAAGGUGCUGGCGCUGGAGCAGCGAGCGGCGGAGCUGGAGCGGUGCCGCCGGCAGGGCAGCAGGGAGCGCAGUGCCCUGCGGGAGCAGCUGCAGACGCUGCAGGGCCGGCGGCAGGAGCUGGCCGAGGAGUACAUCGCUUUGAAAAGCAAUUACCUGGCCCUAGGCAAACAGCUGGACCGGGAGGUGAUGAAGAACAAAGAGCUCAGCACAGAGCUGCUCAACCUGGCCAAGGGCAGGAGCAGCCUUCCCCACACAGAGAGCAACCAGCCCCCAGCCCUGGCUGGAGAGGCCUCUGGUGAGCUGGGAAGAGCCAGAGCCAGGCUGCAUGGUGACUCUGCUCAGGGGGUGAAGGCAGAAGGCGCAGCUCCCUCUGGACACCAGCAGCAAGAGCUGGAGGCAAACUUGCCUGGAGACCAGGAUCACAUCAAAGUGGAGCUUGAGAAGCUGAAGAAAACCUAUGACUUGCAGCAGCAGAAGCUGGAAGAGAGAGUGGUGGCGAUGGAGAAGGAGCUGCAGGAGGCAAAGGCAGCGACUGGGCAGAGCCAGCAGAAGCUGGUGGAGCAGUCAGCGGUGCUGCUGAGCUCCCAGAGGCAGCUGCAGGAGGUGGAGGCAGAGAACUCGGAGCUGCAGCUGCGGCUGAAGGAGCUGCAGGAGGAUUGUCGCUGCCGGCUGGCUCGGUACCUGCGGGAGCUGGCGACCUACAUGGACAGCAAAUCCAGCAAUGCAGCAGGGCCCCCCAAAGGCCCAGCUGGUCAUGCUGCCAUGAAGAGCUUCGUGGAGAGGCUGCUGAAGGACAUCAGAGCUUCCUAUAAGGCUCGGGAGGAGCAGCUGGCCACAGCAGCUCGGAGCUACAGGAAACGGCUGAGGAGCUUGGCCAGGAAGCAUGAGAGCCUCCUGAUUGCUUAUGGGCUGCAGCGAGAGCAGAUCCGUGCCUGGGGCAGCAGCACCAUGGACUGCGGCCCCGCAGAGCUCCACUUCGCCCUCACAGAGCCUGAGCUGCUGACCAGCACCGCCCGGGAGCUGAACCGCCUGCGGGAGGAGAAAGCCAGGCUGGAGCUGCAGCUGCAGGAGGUGCAGCAGAACAGGCUGAAGCACAGCUCUGCCCUCCCUCCUGAGCAGCUGCUGGCUGAGAAGGGCUGGGCAGAGCUCAGGAAACAGCUCCAGGAGUUCACACACAAGACCCAGGAGGAUCUGGAGCAGGAGAGAAGCCAGCUGCUGGCUCGGGCGGUGGUGGCAGAAGAGCAGGUGGCAGAGCUGCAGGAGUACAUAAGCAAGCACCUGGCAAGGUACAAGCAGGAGGUCCUCCAGCUGCAGCAGCUGCUGGACAAACAUCCCUCCUGA